CCCCGCGCCCGCAGCCCGUUCCCGGCGCCGGCGCCGCUGUCGGCGGCCAGCGCUCCGCACAGGCUCUCCCGCCGCGUGCCCGUCUUGGCCGCGGCCCUCCCAGGGUCCCUGGGGCGGGACCAUGGAGGCGGACGGGGCCGGCGAGCAGAUGAGACCGCUACUCACGCGGGGUCCUGAUGAAGAAGCCGUUGUAGAUCUUGGCAAAACUAGCUCAACCGUGAACACCAAGUUUGAAAAAGAAGAACUAGAAAGCCACCGAGCUGUAUAUGUUGGUGUUCACGUACCAUUUAGUAAAGAGGGUCGUCGGCGUCACAAGCAUCGAGGACACAAACAUCACCACAGGAGAAGAAAAGACAAAGACUCAGAUAAAGAAGAUGGACGGGAGUCUCCUUCUUAUGACACACCAUCGCAGAGGGUGCAGUUCAUCCUCGGGACUGAAGACGAUGAUGAGGAGCACAUUCCCCAUGACCUCUUCACAGAGAUGGAUGAGCUCUGCUACAGAGAUGGAGAGGAGUAUGAAUGGAAGGAGACGGCCAGGUGGCUGAAAUUUGAAGAGGAUGUUGAAGACGGUGGAGACCGAUGGAGUAAACCAUAUGUGGCAACUCUCUCCUUGCACAGUCUCUUUGAAUUGAGGAGUUGUAUCCUGAAUGGGACAGUCAUGCUGGAUAUGAGAGCAAGCACUCUUGAUGAAAUAGCAGAUAUGGUGUUAGACAACAUGAUAGCCUCUGGCCAGUUAGACGACUCGAUAAGGGAGAACGUCAGAGAAGCUCUCCUGAAGAGACAUCAUCAUCAAAACGAGAAAAGAUUCACCAGUCGGAUUCCCCUGGUUCGAUCUUUUGCAGAUAUAGGCAAGAAACAUUCUGACCCUCACUUGCUUGAAAGGAAUGGCGAAGGCCUGUCAGCCUCCCGCCACUCUUUGCGAACAGGUCUGUCUGCCUCAAACCUUUCCUUGAGAGGAGAAUCGCCUUUAUCUGUUCUUCUCAGUCAUCUUCUCCCUUCUUCGAGAGCUGGAACCCCUGCAGGCUCAAGGUGUACCACCCCAGUACCCACCCCUCACAGCAGCCCUCCUUCCAGCCCUGGCUUAAGUCGCCUGGCCUCCAGAAGUUCCCAGCUGAGUCAGCCUCAGGCCCCAGAGCUACUGGUGUCACCCAGCAGGGAUGAUAUUCCCAGAGUAGUAAUUCAUCCGCCCGAGGAAGACAUAGAAGCACUCAAAGGCCAAGAGCAGAAGAAUGAGGAGAAUGUUGACUUCACUCCAGGGAUUUUGGCUUCUCCACAGUCUGCUCCUGGAAAUUUGGACAAUAGUAAAAGUGGUGAAACGAAAGGUAAUGGAAGUGGAGGAAGCAGAGAAAAUAGUACUGUGGACUUUAGCAAGGUUGACAUGAAUUUCAUGAGGAAAAUUCCCACAGGAGCGGAAGCAUCCAAUGUUUUGGUGGGAGAAGUGGACUUCUUGGAGAGACCGAUUAUCGCGUUUGUGCGACUGGCUCCUGCAGUUCUCCUGUCGGGGCUGACUGAGGUCCCUGUGCCCACUAGGUUUUUGUUUCUGUUACUGGGCCCAGCAGGGAAGGCCCCACAAUACCAUGAAAUUGGCAGAUCCAUAGCCACUCUCAUGACUGAUGAGAUUUUUCAUGAUGUAGCUUAUAAAGCAAAGGAUCGAAAUGACCUUUUAUCUGGAAUUGACGAAUUUUUAGAUCAAGUAACUGUCCUUCCUCCAGGAGAAUGGGAUCCUUCCAUACGCAUAGAGCCACCAAAAAGUGUUCCUUCUCAGGAAAAGAGGAAGAUUCCCGUGUUUCCCAAUGGAUCUGCUCCAAUGUCUACCGAGCCUCCUAAGGAGGCUGCUCAUCAUGCCGGGCCUGAGCUGCAGAGGACCGGACGGCUUUUUGGUGGUUUGAUACUUGACAUCAAAAGGAAAGCACCUUUUUUCUUGAGUGACUUCAAGGAUGCAUUAAGUCUGCAGUGCCUGGCCUCGAUUCUUUUCCUAUACUGUGCCUGUAUGUCUCCUGUAAUCACUUUUGGAGGGCUGCUUGGAGAAGCUACAGAAGGCAGAAUAAGUGCAAUAGAGUCUCUUUUUGGAGCAUCAUUAACUGGGAUUGCAUAUUCAUUGUUUGCUGGACAGCCUCUAACAAUUCUGGGGAGCACAGGUCCAGUCCUAGUGUUUGAAAAAAUUUUAUUUAAAUUCUGUAGAGAUUAUCACCUUUCCUACCUAUCAUUAAGAACCAGUAUUGGUCUGUGGACUUCUUUCUUGUGCAUUGUAUUGGUUGCAACAGAUGCAAGCAGCCUUGUGUGUUACAUUACUCGGUUCACAGAAGAAGCUUUUGCCGCUCUCAUUUGUAUCAUAUUCAUUUACGAAGCUUUGGAGAAACUCUUUCAUUUAGGAGAAAUAUAUGCAUUUAAUAUGCACAACAAUUUGGAUGAACUGACCAGUUACACAUGUGUUUGUGCUGAGCCAUCUGACCCUAGCAAUGAAACUAUAGCACUGUGGAAGAGGAAGAAUGUGACGGCAGAGAGCAUUGUUUGGGGAAACCUCACUGUAUCUGAGUGUAAGACCUUCCAUGGUAUGUUUGUGGGGUCAGCCUGUGGUCCUCACGGGCCCUACGUUCCCGAUGUGCUCUUCUGGUGUGUCGUCCUGUUCUUCACGACGUUCUUUCUGUCUUCAUUCCUUAAACAGUUUAAGACCAAGCGUUAUUUUCCUACCAAGGUACGAUCAACAAUCAGUGACUUUGCUGUAUUUCUCACAAUAGUAAUAAUGGUUGCAAUCGACUACCUUGUAGGAAUUCCAUCUCCUAAACUUCACGUUCCUGAAAAGUUUGAGCCUACUGAUCCAAGUAGGGGCUGGAUCAUAAGCCCUUUGGGAGAUAACCCUUGGUGGACAUUGCUAAUUGCAGCCAUUCCAGCUCUCCUCUGUACCAUUCUCAUCUUCAUGGAUCAACAGAUUACAGCUGUAAUCAUCAACAGAAAAGAACACAAACUCAAGAAAGGAGCUGGCUAUCACCUUGACUUGCUCAUGGUUGGUGUCAUGUUGGGAGUCUGCUCUAUCAUGGGCCUGCCGUGGUUUGUGGCUGCGACAGUGUUGUCUAUAAGUCAUGUGAACAGCUUAAAAGUCGAGUCAGAAUGUUCUGCUCCAGGGGAACAACCCAAGUUUCUGGGGAUUCGUGAGCAGCGGGUCACAGGGCUGAUGAUUUUUAUCCUGAUGGGGCUCUCUGUGUUCAUGACUUCAGCGCUAAAGUUUAUCCCAAUGCCAGUUCUAUAUGGCGUUUUCCUUUAUAUGGGAGUUUCAUCACUGAAAGGAAUCCAGUUUUUUGACCGCAUCAAACUAUUUGGAAUGCCUGCCAAGCACCAGCCGGACCUGAUCUACCUCCGCUACGUUCCCCUGUGGAAGGUGCACGUGUUCACUGUGGUCCAGCUGACCUGCCUCAUCCUGCUGUGGGUAAUCAAAGCUUCUGCUGCUGCAGUCGUUUUCCCCAUGAUGGUUCUUGCACUAGUCUUUGUGCGUAAGCUCAUGGAUCUGUGUUUCACAAAGAGAGAACUCAGUUGGCUUGAUGAUCUCAUGCCGGAAAGUAAGAAAAAGAAAGAAGAUGACAAAAAGAAAAAAGAGAAAGAGGAAGCUGAACGGAUGCUUCAGGAUGAUGGGGAUACUGUGCAUCUUCCAUUCGAAAGAGGAAGUCUCCUACAAAUUCCAGUUAAAACCCUAAAAUAUAGUAUUGACCCUUCAGUUGUUAACAUAUCAGAUGAAAUGGCCAAAACUGCCCAGUGGAAGGCACUUUCCAUGAAUACUGAGAAUGCCAAAGUAACCAGACCUAACACGAGCCCUGAAAAACCUGUGAGUGUGACAAUAAAUUUCGAAGAUGAACCAUCAAAAAAAUACAUGGAUGCUGAGACUUCAUUGUAAAGCAAACCAAAAGGAAUAUAUAGAGAUAUAUACCCGUCUGUCUGUAUGUAUGUAUAUAUGUGUACAUAUAUACACACACACACACAUAUAUAAAAUGCACAUGUGUCGUGCCAUUGUGUAUUACAGUGCUGCUUGUCACGCUGUUUAUGCGUGACUGUGGGUCUCUUUGAAGUAGCACCUGACGUUGUGAGCACCAUGGAGACUGUAUUAAUGAAGCGAGGUACAUGGUUUUUACUCUUCAGAUAGUUAUUUUUUGGCGGGGUAAAGCCUUUCUGUUCUGCAAUAGAAAGAUUUGGAAAACUGUAUUCAAUCUGCUUUUCUUAAAUUUUUUUUGUCAGUGGCAAUCAUAUCAACCUUAAGUGAUACAUACUUAGUCUAUAUAUUUAUAAUUUUUACCUGGAUUUUGAGAGGUUAUUGUCUCCCUUUUCGUAGUUUUUAUAGGUAGAAUCAGGAGUUUGCCCAUGUUGUGGGAAAUGGCACAUCCUGGCUUCUCUCUGAGCUCCCUUCACGUAGCUGUCCAUCAUACUUCACAGGGGAUGAACCUCCAGGUGAUUAUAAAUUAUCGGAGACUUUCAGGGUAGGAAAUUGAUAUCUUAGGAUUUAUUUUUAAAUUUAAAAAUUUAUCUGGGCUUCCAUUCUGAUGGACAAGUUAAAAACAAAUUCUGUGUGACUUCUCAUUUAACACCCACACCAUUCACAGCAUUUUGAGUUUUUUAAGAAGCUAUAAAGUGCCCAUUUGCAAUAGUUAAAUUUUGUUACCUUUGUAGUAAGGCUUUUCCAAUACUUAUACUUUUCUAGAAACCCAGAGUCCCACUGUUCUUGUCUUUGCUGUCUUUUACUUAAAGUGGUCUUGUGUGUGUCAGGUUCAGAUAUCUUCUGUUGUAAGUAGUAAUAAAGAGUCUGCCCCCUUCA